ACAAUUACAACUUCACCAAACCCUGUCAUAUUCUAAAUCAGAAAUGUUUAAAACAACAAUAGCUAUAGACCAAAAACAAGUUGAUGAAUGCAUACAAGCCCUGAUGUCGAACUCCAAGAACCUUAAAAGGUUGAUCGGUGUGGACACGUUAUCAUCUCGAACAGCACCAGGAAUAACCUCAAUCGCUGUCCUCCAUCUCUGUGAUGGAAACCAGAGCCUUAUAGUCAGGCUUACUUCUUUCCAUACAAUACCAGAGUCUCUCUACAACUUCCUCAGCUUACCAGGUUUUACUUUUGUGGGUUUUGGAAUAAAUGAUGCAAUGUCUAGGCUCUGGAACGAGUACGGAUUUGUGUGCAAGAACACCUUCGAGGCUCGCUCCUCCCUGUGGUGCAGUGAUACGGAUUCUUAUGUGAAUUUUGUGGUUAGGACUAUGCAUGUGCCACCAACUCAGUGUAUCUCAGAUAUUUGGGAUUGCAAAGGUAAUCUCACGGAGGAUUUAAUCGACCUUACAGUCUCAAAUGCCAUAGCUGCUUUACGUAUUGGAGACAAACUUCUUUAUCCCAUCGGUAUUACUAUGUGAGAAGCAGCGUAAAAGCUUCUUUUUACUUCUUUUCCUUUUCUCUGUUUUGGUGUUUUUCCUUGUUUCGAAUUUCCUUUUCAUCUAGGUGUUUUCCUUUAAACUUAGGGCUGCGGCUUUGCCCUCUCUUCUAUUUAAGCUAUGUACUUUGCUACUUUGAGAGGAGCUUUUGAUUUAUAAUAAAAAACAGACGAAUUC